AUGUGAGAUGUGUAUACUUUGUUUGUUUUAACCUUACUCCAGAAACCGUUUUAGCUACUGAGAGGGAUAUGAAAUAACUGGGGGUUGGUUUGGUUUCUGUCCAAACUGGAGUCAGACUUCCCUUUUAAAAACGGUUCGUAGCCUUUUUAUUAUAUGCUUACUUGCAUACAUGAAUUCAUGCUUUAAGUAAAUGACUGUGUUUUUGUUAUAUUGCAAAAAAAGCAAAAGUUUACUUUAAUCACCUGCUUUGACGUCUUCUGAAGGUGGGCUUUGAAAACGAGUCUCUUAUUUAAGGGGAAGUUCUUGUAAUCAGUAACCACCCGUCAUGGGCAUGUGAGGAGUGCUCACUGGAGUGCUCUGACCUUUUAGCCUUCUUUUAACAUCUAUUUCACAUGUUUUCGUCGCCACUGCUACACGGUAGAUGGAUUCGUCCUUGGAGAGCUCCACUUCAUCGAAUGGUACCCCGGUGCGCUGUCGUCGUACCUGUAAGAUCAUUGUGAUUGGAGAUGCCGGUGUCGGUAAGACCUGUCUGACUCACCGCUUUUGCACCGGACAGUUUCCCACCAGAACGGAGGCUACAAUUGGGGUGGAUUUUCGUGAGAAACUUCUUGACAUAGAAGGCGAGAAAAUCAAAGUACAGCUGUGGGACACGGCUGGUCAGGAGCGUUUUCGUAAAAGCAUGGUUCAGCACUACUAUCGCAAUGUGCACGGAAUUGUUUUUGUCUUCGACGUCUCUAACCCCACCAGUUUCUGCAAUCUUCCCAUGUGGAUGGACGAGUGCCGGCAGCACUCUCUUGGUCCGGAUAUUCCCCGCGCCCUCGUUUGCAACAAGUUCGAUCUGGUCACUUCGGCGAGUGCUUCUGUGUUAAUCGAUCAGGCUCGACAUUUGGCUGAAGUCCACGGAAUGUCUUUUUAUCUUACUUCAGCCAAAGGUCGUAAAGGGGACCCGCUGGACGCCAUCUUUGUGACAUUGGCACAGAGGUUGAAGAUCCAGAAAAGGGAGUGUGUGAAUGAAUUAACUUUACAGUGCAGAUCUGAGAGCUUCAAUAUCCCAGCAAGAGUCAUAACAGCACAGGAGACCAAGAAGAAAUGGGCCUGCACCUGCUGACUGAUGAAUGAACAUAAGACUUAUGUGCUUGUUUUAGUAUGUCCACUAAAAGAGGCACUGUAAAUAACAGCAUGUACUUUGAGAAUAACAGGUCAGUGGUCAUGGUGGCAUGAAGGCUGGUUUAAAUGGCAAUUACCAUUUGGAAUUUUAUAGUCAUCUGACUCUUAGUUUGGUAGACAAGGUAUUGGUAAGAACAUAAUCUGUAUGAAGUAAUGUCUUAUAAUGAAACAAACAGCAAGACAGUGAUAUUUGAUUUCAUUUCCAGUUUCUUUGGGGUUUUAAAAUAGUUGCUGUUGAUUUUGAUCCCUAAACUUUUCGCAGACAGCAGCCAGAGUUCUUGUCAAGAAUAAUGUUAGCUACUACAUGAGGUUGAUAGUUAUCAGUGUAACAGCAUCUGAUUUUCAGCCACUGGCAACCCCUUUGCUUUAUCCUGGAGCUAUAAGACUAAUGUGAAAGUUUUUUCCUGACAGCUGAAUCUUCAUUUGUUCUUGCUGUUCUUUGUGCUCGGUCUAGGCUAUAGUGACUAACCACAUCCACAUCCAUGUAACCCUAUUUAAAUAUACUGUUUAUAUAGGUAGCAAAGUGUUUGUAUGAUUCAAUAAACAAAAUAAAAAGGUCUCGUUCUG